CGGAAAACAUCCUAGCAACCCGGAAAUAUUAAUGUGUGCACCGGAAGUGCUGCGUCUCCAUGGUCACCAGCAGGCGGCUGCUGAGGGGUCGGGAUCAACGCAGUGAUGCAGCGAGAAGAGAAGCAGCUGGAAACCAGUCUAGAGACGCUUAUUGUUCAAAUAUCCGACAUAAAGAACUCAUUGGUCGGAUUCAUCUAUAAACUAGAAAAUGAGUUCGAACGUCUGACCUGGCCAUCUGUGCUGGACAACUUUGCUCUGCUGUCCGGGCAGCUGAACACUCUGAAUAAAGUGCUAAAAAAUGAGAAGACCCCACUAUUGAAAAACCAGGUCAUCAUCCCCCUCCUCCUGACACCCGAUAGAGAUGAAGAGAUAAUGCGCCUGACGGAGGGAAGGGUUCCCGUCUUCAGUCAUGAAGUUGUACCUGAUCACCUGAGGACCAAACCAGACCCUGAAGUGGAAGAACAGGAAAAGCAGCUGAGUGCAGAGGCGGCUCGCAUCACCCCUGAGGCAGCACAGAAACAAGUGCAGAGUAUGAAUAAGAUGUGUUCCAACCUGCUGGAGAAGCUCAUCAAGGAGGACAGGGACUCUGACGUUGGAAGUUUGCGGCAGAAUAAGCAGACCUAUAACCCCGCCGACACAAAUGCCCUCGUGGCCGCAGUAGCAUUUGGGAAAGGGCUCUCGAACCGUCGCCCUCCAGGUGCUGGUGGCCCAAUGGGUCCUGGACAGACUGGAGCUGGCGGGAUGUUACAGGGGGGCACUGGUAUGCAGCAGGUGUCCAUGUCCCUACCUCCCAACCAGCAGCAGCAUAUGCCUGGGGUACAGAUGGCACAGGCUGGACAGCAAGGUAAAAUGCCCAGCAGUAUAAAGACUAACAUUAAAUCUGCCUCCAUGCACCCAUAUCAGCGAUGAGCCGUUGCUCCAUAGUUAGGGUAGUUACACAACAGCGUUCGGCCUGUGUUGCCCCUUGGUGCAUUCACAUGCCUACUCUGGGCAAUGUAUGAUGGGUUGUUCGAUGGCAACAAAUAUUUUGUCAAUCUGUAUUUCAUUAUCUGAAAGACGGUGUGCAUGGCUCCUGAGAUUUUCAUAGGGAACAAUAAUCCUUGUUUAAAGUUCCAUUUGCGCUACAUUCUGUUCCAUUUAGUUGAUCGAAAUGCAUUCAAGGGGAAGCGGCAACCGAUAUAUAAAAGCAACGGAGUGAAAAGAAUAGCCUCCUGGAUUAUCACUGCCAACAUCUGCCUGGGCACCAUGCACUGGGUGGGACAAGAUUUGGGGAUUUAUCAUAGUCUGAUCUGUGACUUUUGACUGUAAGGACCUACUUUCAAGUGUAUAAAUUGCUAUUAAGUUCAAUGAAAAUAAAUUGCUUUAAAACGUGAAUUAAAAAACGUAUUAGAAUGUUGAAUAA